AUGACGCGCGGAGCUGUAGUCAGUUUGUCGCACGGCGGAGGCCCAAUGCCGGUCCUGGGUGACCCAAUGCAUGCCAGCAUCGUCAAGUCGCUCAAGAAACGGGUGCCCGAGAUACUCAAGCUGGGAACACCAGAGGCGCCGAGGGCCAUUGUCGUUGUCACAGCUCACUGGUCCGAGGCUCAACCAACGAUCUCAUCCGGCGGCGCACACUCUCUUUACUACGAUUACGGCGGAUUCCCAAAGGAGACUUACCAACUCAAAUAUCCCGCACCAGGGUCGCCAGAGGUUGCAGGCGCGGUCAAGAAGGCACUCGAGGAUGUCGGCUUGAAGCCCGUCCUGAACGAGAAGCGAGGCUGGGAUCACGGGGUCUUUAUCCCGUUCAUGCUCAUCAACCCGGCUGCAGAUGUCCCCAUCGUGCAGCUGUCGGUACUGCGGAGUGAGGACCCGGAGGAGCAUAUUCGUAUGGGCCGGGCGCUGUCCACCCUGCGCGACUCCAACGUGGCCAUCGUUGGCUCCGGGUUUGCAUCAUUGCACAACUUUGCGUUGAUGAGGCCGCUGAUGAUGGGGGACUCGUCAGCCAUCAAAGAGGUCAAAGCCGUGACGAGCGCGUUCAACAAGGUAUUGACGGAUGCUGUGUUGGAACAGGACUCGCAGGAGAGGGAGAAGAGGUUGGUGGAAUGGAGGCAAUUUCCGAAAGCGUACGAUAUUCAUCCAAGGUACGGGGCCGAGCACUUCAUGCCGCUGCUUGUAUGUGCUGGUGCAGGAGGGGACGAGAAGGGCGGAGCGUAUAAGGAUGAUUUUGGAGGGGCAGAUAUCUGGUCGUACUACUGGUCAUGA